CGCCCGCAUACCCCGCAUCCCGCAUCUCCGAAAAAAGAAGAGAACGAGUCCUGUUUGCUCCAACAAUCCGUUACAACUUCUACGUCAGACCAAUAAUGCAGCUUGGGAUCACUGAAAACCUGCCCGCUCUUGUAGCGAAGCGCUUCACUGCUGCCAAAGACGCUGGGCAUUUGACUUUCUCCCAGACACAUCUUGCCAUCCUGCACACCGGUGGCAUCCCGUUUCAGCUUCGCUAUUGUCCGGCGCUUGCGAAUAAGCCAACUGGCAAACCCAAGCCAGAUGAGUCCCGUACGGGGAGGAGAUUCGACCCCUUUGAGAACCCUUCGCCCGAACUUUUGAUCGCUCACAUUCCCAAAGAAAAUCCUACGCAUUUCCUUGUUUUGAAUAAAUUUCCAGUCAUCCCGAAUCACUUCAUCCUGGCGACGAAGGACUGGCAAGAGCAAACAGACAUACUCGAGAAAGAAGAUUUGGCGGCAGCGUAUGCCUGCGUCAAGGCAUGGAAGGACGAAAAUCAAACGAGCAGCACGCGACCUAGAAGGUUGUUCGCAUUCUUCAACUCAGGCGAGGAGAGUGGCGCAAGCCAACCACAUAGACAUUUGCAGUUUCUUCCCAUCGAAGCGAUUGCGGAGGCGGAUAACUCUGGAAGUUGGCGACCUCUGAUUGAUGCAGUUUCAUCACGGCCUGAUUCGUCUGACUCGGAGUUUCGACGAAUAACCGAAGUCCCGGUUGCGAACUUUGCUCUACCCUUACCUUCAGAUUCGUCAGCGGAGAGUCUGCAUCGGACAUAUCUGACUCUAUACAAGGCUGCUGCAGUGGCUGCAGGGGUUCCUCGAAGCGCGGCUCAGGCAACGAGCGGACCAGCCGUUGUCAGUUAUAAUCUCGCCAUGACCGAAUCGACGAUGAUGAUCUGCCCAAGGAGAAGCACAAGUGCCCAUAUCUCGGUCGACGAUGCAACACGCGAAGAUGUCGCCGAGGCCGGGAUCGUCGAGCUCAACGGAACGGUUCUCGCCGGUACACUCAUGGUGAAAGCCGAGGCUGAGUGGGAUGAGCUGCGUCGGACACCAGACUCACUGGCGAGGGUACUAGAGGCUAUCGGCUAUCCUCACCCCGAUCUUAGAGAGGUCUCUCUGUUAUGAGCUACUGCGUAGAGUCUUUCUCUCUCUCGUCCUCAUGCCUUCCCUGCCAAAGUACACGAAGGAUCCUUCCUCGGAGCUCUGAGAGAAGCACCGGGAGCAUUACGACCGCAGAUGUGGUGCGCCUGAUAACCGUAAUGCAAGAUAUGGCAUUGAUGAUAGAAUGGACAUGGCCCUUAUUCUAAUAAGGGCAUCUAAGCUGGCAGUCCGGCAUAUAGACCAUUUCAUUUCAGCAGAUGGUGCCUUCCCAAAUAUGUACAUAGUUGACCACAGACUUGCGACAUCCUUCUGCUCAACCAUCGAACACAGUCUUCCUCGUCAUUUCUUCUAUGGUAGUAGUAUCAGCCUUGCUGAACCAAGGGUCAGAUCAUGCCGCCUUGACAUCGUAUCUACAGCUCCAUGUUGACAUCGCAAAAUUGCCGGAAACUAAGGAAAUCACAAAAGAAAUGACAGCCGUUGUGAAAUGAGGAUUGCACGGCUCAAAGUCUGAUCACCUCUUUUGCUGCACUUCACACCACUUCUUCUUGCAUGUGGCAUUACCAAAGUGGUACGAGCCUCCGUGAGCCCAUAUGUACUGGGCAACCUUCUUCCAUGACACCUUGGGUGCAGAACCCGAUCGCCUCGACCUGCAUGUGGAGAUGCAGGGGCUAUGCUUGCGAGAGUCCGAGCACGCUUCGACAGCUUCACAUAAGAGUCUGAUCUGCACGGCGUCAGCAUGUCCUGACUUGCCCAAGUCACGGCCAGAAACUCACAUCAUUCUCCUGCCACUGAGGCUUUCGCACACGCUGCUCUUUGGACUUGGUUAAUGUUCGGAACCUGCCACGGAGCGUUGACUCGGCUUCUUUGAAUCCGCCGAUCCGCUUGAUGUCCUUGUAGGACAAGCCCC